AUGAAUCGAUACAUCGUAAAUCUUAUAACUACCACAAUUAUAUUGGCCUCACUACCUUACAGUUGCACGCUCAGUUUGCCGAGUGGAGAUCCCGCACCUGGUAGAUCUCCUGGACCACCUAUCAACUUCGAUACCGAUAUAAUUAAAGAUAAAGAAAAUUUGAAAUACAUUGACGAUGAAUUAGAGACUAUAUUAGGCGUACCCGUUGAUGAAGCAGCAAUCUAUGAUGAGACAACGACAAACGAUAUAGAAACAACGACAAAGAGUGAUGUGGUUAGUGUAAGUGAGAAGGGGAUUGGUGCCUGUGCCUUCGCAAGGAUCCCAAGUGACAGUGCCGAUAUAGUUACGUUGAGUGAGAAAGAUAGUGAUAUUAAUUUGACAGUCAGCCAUGCGGUGUUCGACACUGACGAACUUGUUAGAGGAGUCAUUUACGAUGUUCACCUUCAGUUCAUCGACACAUCUCUCCGAGAUUACGUCCUCUACACGAUCGUGGAUAAUUUCAUUCGUGGCAACUUCACUCCGACUGACACUUCGGAACGCGCCUGCCGGGACGAAGAGCCUCCAUACUUCGUCCCGAAACAUUCAAGAGCAUCGAAGCAUAAAGUGAACAUUGAAGAUUUUGAGAGUGACAGAACGUUCGAUAUUUAUAGGACAAGAAAGGGUGAUGUUGGUUAUUACUUUAGGCCGAAGUUACGUGGGUAUAGGAAUGCUAGGUCUGUGCUUGGGUACAGAAAGAGUUACAAAUACGGACGCUUUCUGCCAACUAAGAUCGUAAGCGGACCUCUGGGGGAACGCGGAGAGGCCAUCUUACGCUGGUCGCUGAUCGACACUGCGCAUCUGCAGAGUGAUGAAGCUAGUGUUGUUUUUAGGUUACGAUAUAGAAAAACAUCAAGUGCCACCAUAUAUCAAGUGUUCUUUACGAAAAAAUUAAGACUAGAUUGCGUCGUACGUCUCCGAUCCUUGAGAUCGGCCCGAAUCCACUCCGGUCACCUGCCACGCGCGCAUGGCUGUCGGCUACUCAUACCCUCACUCUCGUCCAAGAACUCCCUACUUAUAGAACUACACAAACUAAACGUACCUUGCGCCACCGGAUACCUACGAUUCUCCCCAACUUCAACCAUCUUAUGUGGAAAACUAGAGCAAGUACCAUACCCUAACAGAAGGUUCAUUUACCUAUCGUCUUCUAAAAAACAGGAAAUAGAACUUCACGGACGACCUACGUUCGCCGCGAUGUACCGCUUAGUAGACUACUGCCAUGAUGUUCUACUGACGGCAAGAAACGGCUCGUUCGAGGUCGAACCUACCACAAAACUGUCCUGCUCCUACCACAUACAUUUACCUUAUGGAAACAGAGUCGCGUUACGUCUACAAAUGGGAACAGGUCCUGUUAACAGAAACAAUGAUUUGUCAAAUAUAAUUCAUGAAGAUGCUCAUGCUAAAUGUAAAGGUAUGGCAUUAACACUUGAAGAUGGGGAAUCUAAAUGGAAUCAUUGUUCCCAACCUGGGGAUCCAUUGCGCAGUGUACAAAUAGUUUCAGAAAGAAACUCUGUAAGACUAAAUAUAAGCGUCUUGGGAAAGAAGAAUACAAUGGCGAUGUGGUUAAAAGUGUGGUGGAUGGAUAAAGCAGUAGAAGAAGUGAUAGGACAUUGUGACUACGGGUGGGUGUUGUCGGGAGACUUCUGUAUAGCAGCGAUGAAGGAGACGAAGAGAGCAUGGCGUCAGGCGGAGAUGGACUGCGUCAGACUGGGUGGACAUCUAGCUAGCGUACUCAAUGAACGUCAACAACAAAUCAUGGACCAACUACUUUUAAACGCACCCGGUAAUGGAAUCGACGAUGUAUAUUGGAUUGGGGCCACAGACGCGGUGCACGAAGGAGAGUUCCGAUGGUCCGACGGACUACCAUUUUCUUAUGCACAUUGGUUCCCCGGGUGGCGUAAACAUAGCAGCCAGCCGAACGACGAUGGCACCUCGGGGCAGGAUUGCGUGGAGGCACGCCGUGAAUUCCCGCCGCGUCCACCAGCCCCGCAGCCAACCUACAUGUGGAAUGAUCGCAGUUGUCACGAACACAACUACUACGUCUGUGAACGACCCUCAAUUGAAGAUCCCUACACAGCAUCAAAGAUCCAAUGCAACGAGACAAUAAUGCUGACACACAGUCACCCACACGCAGUAGUGUCAAGCCCCGGCUUUCCGCGGGCCUACCCUGACGACGUGGACUGUGUGGCCGAGGUGCGCGCUCCGCCGGCGCACACGUUGCGUCUGCACUUCGAGGAGUUGCUCACUGAACAUGAACCACAUUGCAGCUACGAUUUCUUGGAUAUCUCCGAGGCAGGUUUCGACAAUCAAACUGAACACGUGGAAGAAUGGCUCCUGCCUGAUCACCAUCAUGUCUUUAGUCACGAGAAUGAGGUAUGGGAAGAAAUGGGGACACUUCUCCCGGAAUCAGAUUCAAUCAGUGCGGGGUGGAGACGGGACUCUGGUCCAGGGUCCGGUUCUCGGCGC